CAAAACCAACCUCCGACCAAAAAUGCAAUUUUCCGGCACCCAUAUUCUAGUCUUUCCAUACCCUGCUCAAGGCCAUAUGUUAUCACUUUUAGACCUCACCCACCAAUUAGCCAUCCGAGGUGUAUAUAUAACUAUUCUUGUUACACCAAAAAACCUUCCUAGUUUAGCCUCUCUUCUUUUGGCCCAUCCAAAAUCCAUCACCACCCUUGUCCUUCCUCUUCCACCCCACCCAGGUAUCCCAACGGGUAUCGAAAAUGUUAAAGAUUUACCAAAUGGUGGCUUUAGUUCCAUGAUGGUUGCUUUAGGUGAUCUUUAUAAGCCUAUUUUGAGUUGGGCAAGAAACCAUCCUAAUCCGCCUAAUGCGAUAUUGUCCGACUUUUUUUUGGGUUGGACUAAUCGCUUAGCGAAAGAGCUGGGCAUCCGACGGUAUUGUUUUUCUCCGUCGGGUGCCUUAGCUCUCUCGGUUAUUUUUUAUUUGUGGAAAUACCAACCAAAAAGAUGUGAUCAUGAGAAUGUGAAUGAAGUUAUAAAGUUUGAUAAAAUUCCUAAUAGUUCGGAGUAUCCUUGGUGGCAACUAUCUCCCAUUUAUCGAAGCUAUGGGGAAGGAGACCCGACAUCCGAAUUUAUUAAGGAUGUGUUCUUAGGAGAUAUUGAGAGUUGGGGAAUCAUUAUAAACUCUUUCACCGACCUGGAACGAGUUUAUGUUGAUUAUCUUAAAGAGGAAUUAGGCCAUGACCGCGUAUUUGCGGUCGGGCCUUUACUACCUCCAGGUAAAAAUAUAACUGAAAGAGGUGGGCCUAGUUCGAAUGAGGUCUUAACUUGGCUUGACACGUGUAGGAAUCAAACAGUGGUGUAUGUUUGUUUCGGAAGUCAGUUGGUGUUGACUAAUAGUCAGAUGGUUGCGGUCGCAUCGGGGUUAGAAAAAAGUGGAGUCAAGUUUGUAUGGUCCGUGAAGGAGCCAACAAAGGGACACGUCGCAAGUGAGUAUGGUAGGAUCCCGGACGGAUUUGAAGAUAGUGUGGCUGGGAGGGGUCUUGUUGUUAGAGGGUGGGCUCCACAAGUGGCAAUCUUGAGCCAUGACUCGGUUGGGGCAUUCUUGACUCAUUGUGGGUGGAAUUCGAUAAUGGAAGCAGUGGUAGCAGACGUUUUAUUGCUUACGUGGCCAAUGAGCGCCGACCAAUACUCGAACGCCACAUUGUUACAUGAGUUAAAAGUGGGAAUGAAAGCGUGUGAGGGAGCUGAGACCGUUCCUGAUUCAAACAAGUUAGCCGAGUUGUUCAGCAAGUCAGUGAGUGAAGAGACGCGAGUUGAGAGAGAACGAGCAAAGAAGUUUGCGAAAGCUGCUAAGAAUGCGGUUUGUGAAAAGGGUAGUUCACUAGAAGAACUGGAUCGAUUAGUAGCUAAUUUAUCACGUUAAAACAGUUGUUUGAACAAUUAGCAAGAUUCAAUAAGAUGUCUAUAUCAUUGGA